CAAAUGGUUGCAGCAGCAAAAGCAAAGGCGCAUCAACAACUGAUGAAUGAAAUGAGGAACAACGAACCGAAGUUCAAGGCAUUGCAGCAGUACAAGAUCCCCAAGCUGGCCGACAAAGUCGUAUCAUAUGCAAGGCCAACAGCGUUCGAGACUGCCCCCAAGAUAGGAUCCGAAAUACCGAAGCCAAAGUAUUCCCGACCAAACCUUCCGACGAGGAGCAAUGGCUCUCUGCUGAAGAGCUCGAUGAGACCCAACUUGACCUUUGAAUCGGCCCAGGCGAAGAGGAACUACGAGUACUAUCAAGUGCAACUGCGCAACUUCGAGUUGCAGAGGGGCCAGUCCUACCAUCCGGAUCAGGCCACGAGGCUCAAUGCCCAUUAUCCUGUGCGGAGCUAUGUGCCGCCGUACUCCGACUCACAUCUCAGAUCGGGCUACCCGAGGGAGUAUUUGGAGCAGGACUACUAUCCCUUGAGGGGUGUGGAGAACUAUCCCAGGGGUUAUGCGAUGGAGGACUUGUACAACAUGCGAGAGAGACAAUUACAGGGUCGCCCAAUGUAUCAUCCAAUCAGGGGCGCCGAGAACUAUCAACGGGACUAUCCAUACGAAAACAUUCCACCGCCUCGCCAGGGUUACUAUCCAAGGGGUUAUGAGGCCUAUCAAAGGGAAUAUCAAAACGAAAACGUACAUUUAAAUGCCAGAGAACAGGACGCCGAUCGCAUCGUGAGCGUUGCCUUCGCGGGUCGCAAGUACAUGACCCUGCAGGAUCUCAGGGAGCGGACGAAGCUCUCGAAGGACUGUCUGCACAAGAUCCUCAAGCGGAUCGGCAAGGUCAAGCAGCCGAAGUGGCGCAUCAGCAAGAGCUACCUGAAGGCCUACGAAAUGGAGAGCGCCGGACUUGCUCCGCCCAAGGAUCAGGAGUCCUCGGUGACCCUAACCGAAGCCAUCUGCAAGGUGAUCAAGGGCUUCCGCGGCAGCCAAUUCCAGCGCAUUGACACCUUGGUCGACCGAACUGGAUUCCGCGAGGAGAAACUGAAGCGUGUCCUGAAGAAGAUCGGGAAGAAGCGGUCCACCAAGUGGCGCCUGAUCGCCUACAAGAAGCCCCUGAUCCACUUGCAUCGCGGCCACAAGGGAUCUUCGACCGCCCUGAACACCAUUUCAAAUACCAUAGCACAUUACAACUGAAAACCGAAUAUUAUUUCAAAAACUAAAAAUGAAAUACCAAAGCACAUCUUAUUUAACUGAA